AUACUCAUUGAACUUGAGAUCAAAGUCAUAAAGUAUUUCAAUUUUAUAAGAAAAUUGUUUAAGUGUUAUGAAAAAAAUGUUGAAAAACCCUCUCUACGUGUACGGCGAUGAAGUGGUCGGUGUACCGUCACAUUUAAACUUCGGUCAGUACAUGGUGACCACUAUGUGGAAUUAUGGAGAUAAAAUUGCAAUGAUUAAUGGAAUCACUGACGAAAGACUGACAUAUCGAGACAUAGUAAAGGACGCCAUGAAUAUAGCUGUCUCCCUCACUCGUAUAGGAGUGAAGCGAGGAGAUAUUGUCGCAAUAUGUUCAGAAAAUAGACAGGAGUAUUGGAGCACGUUUAUUGGCACUUCCUGUACUGGGGCUACAUUCACUGCUACCAAUUCGGCAUAUACUAAAGAUGAACUCUUACACGUUCUAAAUAUAUCAAAACCAAAAAUGAUAUUUUGUUCCCAACACGCUUACAAAGUACACGAAAAGACCUUACGAAGUCUGUCAUACAUGGAGAAGAUUAUUAUAUUCGGUACAGAUAGACCACCAAACACACUUUUGUACAACGAUUUAGUAAAAAAUAAUACGAAUAUCACGUUAGAGAACUUCAGAGCAGCUGAUGUAGUAGGACAGACGGACACAGCCGUUAUAUUAUACUCGUCUGGGACCACGGGACUGCCGAAGGGUGUCAUGUUGAAUCACUUAAAUAUUUUGACAACAUGCAAUAUGUCGAGCACCAUGAACCCAAAGGAGUCGUCUUUGACUAUUACCCCGUGGUACCACACUAUGGGUCUAAUAGGAAACUUAAGAAUAUUUGCUAACGGUGGUUAUUUCGUAUAUUUACCUAAAUUUGACAGUGAUCUUUACUUAAAGACAAUUGAAAGAUAUCAAAUCGUCCAGAUUGUAGUAGCGCCUCCAGUAUUAGUUGCACUUUGUAAGUUUCAAUCGAACUAUGAUGUCAGUUCGGUAAAGUUAGUUUACUCCGGAGCAGCACCAUUGAGAAGUGACACCAUAAAAGCAGUUAAAGACAGAUUUCCAAAUGUAACGAGCGUCCUUCAAGGCUAUGGGAUGACGGAAGCCACUUUUGGAGUCACGAGAGACUCGUAUGAUACAGCUCACUUGUCUAAAACAGGCAGCGUGGGACGUGUGGUCUCCAGCUGUAUUAUUAAGGUUGUAGAUAUAGAUACGAAAGCACCAUUAGGUGUCAAUCAACCAGGAGAGAUCUACAUAAAGGGCCCUUUGGUUAUGAAGGGCUACAUUGGAAAAGAUAGAAGCGAAGAUUUCGAUGAUGAAGAUUUCUUUAAAACUGGUGAUAUUGGGUACUACGAUGAAGACAGAUGCUUUUUCAUAGUGGACAGAUUAAAGGAACUUAUUAAAUACAAGGGUUAUCAGGUACCGCCGGCAGAAAUAGAAGCGGUUUUACUUCAACAUCCAAGUAUACGUGACGUUGGAGUUGUUGGGAUUCCCCAUGCUGAUGCGGGGGAAGUACCGCGUGCUUACGUCGUUGUACAACCAGAGGCUAAUGUAACUGAAGAUGAAAUUAAGAAUCUUGUAAAGGAAAAGCUAUCAAAUCCGAAGCAUCUCCGCGGUGGAGUUCAGUUCGUAAAAGAAAUACCGAAGAAUCCCAGUGGGAAAAUUUUGAGAAGAAAGCUAAGGGAGAUGUCGCAGAUUAGAAACGAGGCGAAAAGCAAGUUAUAAUAUAAGGAAACGUUAAAUAGAAGUUUUCAAUAUGACCGCCGACUCAAGAAAUUACGAAAAAUAU